CGCGGCCCCGUCGCCAUGGCCAAGUGGCUGAACAAGUACUUCAGCCUGGGCAGCGGCAGCAAGACCAAGAGCCCCCCGCAGCCCCCGCGCCCCGACUACCGCGAGCAGCGGCGCCGGAGCGAGCGGCCCGGGCAGCCGCACCCGCAGGCCGCGGCCGCGGCCGUGGCCGUGCCGGCGGCCGCCAACGCCAACGCGUCGUCGUCGUCGUCGUCCUCCGCCUCGGCCUCCUGCGGGCCGGCCGGCGCCUCCUGCUUCUCCGCCUCGUCCGGCUCGCUGCCCGACGACGGCGGCAGCACGAGCGACCUCAUCCGCGCCUACCGCGCGCAGAAGGAGCGCGACUUCGAGGACCCCUACAACGGGCCCGGCUCGUCGCUGCGCAAGCUGCGCGCCAUGUGCCGCCUGGACUACUGCGGCGGCGGCGCGGAGCCCGGCGGGGCCCAGCGCGCCUUCUCGGCCUCGUCGGCGUCCGGCGCGGCGGGCUGCUGUUGCGCCUCGUCGGGCGCCGGCGCCGCCGCGUCCUCGUCGUCGUCCUCCGGCUCCCCGCACCUCUACCGCAGCAGCAGCGAGCGCCGGCCCGCCGCGCCCGCCGAGGUGCGCUACAUCUCGCCCAAGCACCGGCUCAUCAAGGUGGACAGCGCGGCCGUGGGCUGCGUCGGGGACCCGGCCGGGGGCGCCUGCUCGGGCGGCGGCCGCACCUGGAGCCCCACCGCCUGCGGGGGCAAGAAGCUGCUCAACAAGUGCGCGGCGGCGGCUGCUGCCGCUUCCACCGCGGCGGAGGAGAGUGGGGGGACCGCGAAGAAAAGCGAGAAGGUAACCAUCGCAGAUGACUAUUCAGACCCCUUCGAUGCCAAGAAUGAUCUCAAGAGCAAAGUGGGGAAGGGAGAGAGCGCAGGCUACAUGGAGCCCUACGAGGCACAGAGGAUCAUGACAGAGUUCCAGCGGCAGGAGAGUGUACGGUCCCAGCGCAGGGGCCUCCAGCUAUAUGACACCCCAUAUGAGCCCGAGGCCCACAGCAUCGACUCGGACUCCGAGAUCACCACCAGCCCCCGGUUGCGGGAGAGCAAGCUGCCCCAGGACGAUGACAGGCCUGCUGAUGAGUACGACCAGCCCUGGGAGUGGAACCGAGUCACCAUCCCCGCCCUGGCAGCCCAGUUUAAUGGCAAUGAGAAACGCCAGUCGCCCUCACCUUCCCGGGAUCGGCGGCGCCAGCUUCGAGCUCCCGGAGGAGGCUUUAAACCCAUCAAGCACGGGAGCCCCGAGUUCUGUGGGAUUCUGGGAGAGAGAGUGGACCCCGCUGUCCCACUGGAGAAGCAAAUAUGGUAUCAUGGCUCCAUCAGUCGGGGAGAUGCUGAGAGCUUACUGAGGCUGUGCAAGGAGUGCAGCUACCUGGUACGGAACAGCCAGACCAGCAAGCAUGACUUCUCCCUCUCGCUGAAGAGCAACCAGGGCUUCAUGCACAUGAAACUGGCCAAAACCAAAGAGAAGUAUGUUCUGGGUCAGAACAGCCCCCCAUUCGACAGCGUCCCCGAAGUCAUUCACUACUACACCACUAGGAAGCUCCCCAUCAAAGGAGCCGAGCACUUGUCUCUCCUCUACCCGGUGGCUGUGCGGACCCUGUGAGCCUAC